GUGACCGCCGGUUCCGGAAGAGGAUGGCGGCGGGUGGGCGCCUGGCGCGCUGCGCGGGGCCGCGGCUGCCGCUCCUCCGGCUGGGGCUGCUGCUCGCCUGGGGGGCUACCCUGGCGCCGGAGCCGGCCAGCGGGGCCGCAUCGGAGCCCGGCCGCUGGAACCUGGUCGCCGCGGGGAACCAAACGAAGAACUUGUUUGUCUUAUCCAAAACAAUGUUCAAGGACACCCAGAUUAUCCUCAAAUUUGUGGAAAAGAACUGUGUUACCCCUGAUUUGCCCCUGAACGUCACCUGGUACCUCCGCAGCUCCCAUUGCCACGACGAGGUCUACAUAGAUGAAACCAAGGCGGACAACUACCUGAGCCAUUACGAAACGGAGGCCAGCGUCGCCGGAGGCGGCCAGUACAUUUGGUACACGACCCUGGUUCCGUGCGGCCAGCUCAAUGAGCUGCGCUUCCCAGAGCUGCCGAAGCCCCAAAAGCUGAAGCCUUUCAUGGAGCAAGGCGUGGUUAGUUCGCCCCCGUCGGGAGUGAAGAAGAGGGAGGCUCCCAAGCAGCCAGAGACCAAAGAAGAGGCGGCGGGGAAGGAGGCCGGAGCCACACAAGUGAGCAAGGAUGUCGCGAAGCCGGCUGCCUCGGCCAACGAGAAGGAAGACAAAGGUGCCGCAAAGAGCGCCGUGGCGAAGAAGCAGAAGUUAGAGGUUUCGACGGUCGCCGUGACCUGGGAUGACGGGCCUUACGUCUUCCUCCUCACGAUCUUCAGCAUCAAGAUCCCGAGUCCCAACUGGGAGAUCAAAAUUGACGUGCAGAUGAAGCACCCCGACCAUCAGUACAUCUCUGCCUCCGAGUGGCCUCUGAUGGUGUUCUACAUGGUGAUGUGCAUUGUCUAUGUGCUUUAUGGGAUCCUCUGGCUGGUCCUGCUGGCCUGCUACUGGCGAGACAUCCUUCGCAUCCAGUUCUGGAUUGGCGGCGUCAUCCUCUUGGGAAUGCUGGAGAAGGCCGUCUUCUACGCCGAGUUCCAGAGCAUCCAGAGCCAAGGGAAGUCAGUUCAAGGGGCGGUGAUAUUUGCCGAGGUCCUCUGUGCCGUGAAGCGGAUGCUGGCCCGGGUGCUGGUCAUCAUCGCGAGCCUGGGAUAUGGCAUCGUCAAGCCACGGCUGGGGGCUCUUUUGAAUCGGGUCGUGGGCGUGGGACUGAUGUACUUGAUCUUCUCCAUCAUCGAGGGGGUCCUGCGGGUCAAAUCGGAGCAAACUAAAGCCGCCGCGCUCAUCUGUGAAAUUUUCCUGGCGUUUGUGGAUUCAUGUAUCGUCUGGUGGAUCCUCAUUAGCCUGGUGCAAACUAUGAAGCUGCUGAAACUGCGUCGGAACCUGGUCAAGCUGUCUCUCUACCGCCAUUUCACCAAUACCCUUAUCUUCGCUGUCAUCGCGUCUGUUAUCUUCAUUAUCUGGACCACUAAGACUUUCAGGCUCGCCACAUGCCAGGCAGACUGGCGGGAGCUCUGGAUCGACGAUGCUUUCUGGAGGUUCCUCUUCUCUAUUAUCCUCCUGGUGAUCAUGUUCCUCUGGAGACCCUCGGCCAAUAACCAAAGGUACGCCUUCAUGCCCUUGGUGGACGAAGGCAGCGAGCCGGAGGACGAAGACGAGGAGCCCAUGGUCAACGAGGCCUUUGAAGGGAUGAAGAUGAGAAGUUCGAAGCCUGAAGCCAAUGGGAUCCUCAAGGGCAGCAGAGUGGAUGAAGACUUGAAGUGGGUUGAAGAAAACAUCCCCUCUUCCAUGGCUGAUGUCGUGCUCCCUCCUUUGUUAGAUUCUGAUGAGGAAAUAGUGACCACAAAAUUUGAAAUGUCCAAAAUGGAAUGAAGUCUGGAUCCGGCCGAGCUGCUCAGCCGCACUCUUUUCCUGGUGGAUUUCGAACAGACGAAGAGUUGCCGGUGGUCAUCCUUUCCCCCUUUUUUCCUUUUUACACAUGCAUAUAUAUAAUAUAUAUACAUAUAUAUAUAUUUGUAUAUGGUCAAAAUAUUAUUUUAUUACUUUUUGGUGUUUCUCUAACUAUUGAGCUCCGAGGCUUUUGGGGGUUGUUGUUUUUUGUUUUGGCCUUAUGCCUGACCCCACCAGUUUGGGGGCAGGCGUGCAGCCAAGAUCGCCAGCGCCCCCCACUGGAGAGGAGGGAGAUUGCGGGACAGUUGGACCGGUGUGGCUCUCUUGUCAACUUCUUUCCCGAACCCUGUUUUGGAGCAGGCCUUUUCUGACGACGGAACGCGAGGAGGACCCUUUGUAGCGCCGUUUUGUGUCCUUUGCCAUUGGCCCUCGGGGUACUUGUACUGUUGGGUCUCUCGACGCUGAUUGGGACCUGAGUCACUUGGGGACUGGGUGCAAAAUUCUGGGAUAGGGAAGAUGGCAUCGGGAAGGUGCGCGAACCCAAAGAUUUGUGCAGUUUCGGUGCACGGAAGGAGCUGCUUCUCUGACCGCAUGGAAGCGCUCUAUCGAAGGGGAGGCAUCCCCAACCUGCGGCCCUCCAGAUGUUUGGGACUACAACUCCCAUGAUCCCUAGCUAACAGGACCAGUGGUCAGGGAUGAUGGGAGUUGUAGUCCCAAACAUCUGGAGGGCCAAAGGUUGGGGAUGCCUGCCUUAGGGGGACAGCGGCUGUUUUUUUUUGUGGAGGAGACGCAGGCAAGGGGCAUCCCCGACUCCGCAACGAGGCCGUCGGUUAGAAAGUGAGGUAGAAAAAAGGGGGAGCAGGUUGGAAAGGCACGACUUUUAUUGCCAAGGAGAGCGUUGGGGCAGAUCUAUGGGGCGGGGAGGUUCGUUGAUCUCUGGAAUCAACUUUCCUGCAGCAGCUAGCCAAUGUUGAGCCACAAUGUUGUUGCAAAAAAAAAGCCCCUGAUUGGUUUAUUUUGGGGGGUGGGGCGUAAGGGAAACUGAUGGUGAAGGGGAAGCCAUAUGGGGAACAGAGAGAGCCUAGCUUGCUUGAGACCACAGAAGCGUGGUUCUCGUCUCGACAACGGCAGUCUCAAAAGCACUUUUAAGUGUCCUUUGGGCAAUAGCAGACAGCAACCCCCCUUUCCUUCCAUGUUGGAUCGGAAGAAUGAUCCCAGCCACCCCCAUCCUGUCCCCCCCCCUUAUUCCUAGGCUAGCCUUCUCCCUCCCCUCAACCUGCUGCCCUCCAGAUCUUCAGGACUACAACUCCCAUCCGUUGCAGCCAGCACAGCUGUAUAUUGCAAAGGCUGGUGGGAGUUGUAGUCCAAAACAUUUUGCAGCCUCCUGGCUGGGGAAGGCUGCCCUGAGAGAUCCUUCCUGGACCACUUGAGAGAGAUAUAUGUUGCUCCCUGCCUUGAUUCCGCAUUUAAAAGACGCUUUUUCUAAAAUAAAACACAGAAUUCCACCCGGAGCGGUGUACAGACUUCUCCCCUUGGGAAGAUUGCUCUUUUUCACGUUCCCAAAACUUCAGCCGGACUUUCUGAUGUGAUGCUUUCGAGAUUACCUGGAUACGUGGGAACGUCAGAUUUCUUCUCAAAUAAACCCUUUUAUUUAUUUUUGAAAUUGUACAUACAUCUUUGGGGAGGGAAAGCUGUGUGUGUUUUUAUGCAGCCCUAUUAAAAAAAAGGAACAAAAAGUG